CCUGACCCGGCAUCGCCGCCCUGCGCGCGCGCGCGUCAUCACGCACUACGUCAAUCGCUGAUGACGACUGGGGAGGUGACGCAAGCGCGCGGACGCAGGGUUUGAGCGCGUUUUCAGCCCCAGUGUUUGGAAAGUUAUAAUUUCUCGUUGAAAAUCAUUGCUGGAACCAUGAAGAAAGCCCAGAAGCUACCACAAAGUCCUCUUCCUUCCUUCUUAAAGAAAGACUGUUCAAAAAAUGAAUUUGAAACUCUGCUGUCAACACUUCCUGAAAGGUUGAAUCAGAAAUUGCUUCCUUUCCAGAAAGAAGGCAUCAGGUUUGCCAUCGAGAGAAAUGGCAGGUGUAUGAUUGCAGAUGAGAUGGGCCUGGGGAAAACUAUUCAAGCAAUUUCAAUAUCCUACUUGUAUAAGAAGGAAUGGCCUCUGCUGAUAGUUGUUCCAUCAUCACUCAAGUAUCCCUGGAUCGAGGAAAUAGAAAAAUGGAUCACUGAUCUGAAUCCUGAUGAUAUUAAUCUCAUUGAGUCUAAAAACGAUAUUGGGAGAAUUCCAGCCAGCAAGGUUACAAUUCUCAGUUAUGGCCUUUUGACAAGUGAUGCACAGACCUUAAUAGAUGCGUUGUACAAUCAACAUUUUCAAGUUGUUAUAGUUGAUGAAUCCCACUACAUAAAGUCACGUAAUGCAGCCCGAAGCACAAUUUUGGGGCCCGUUAUACAAAAAGCUGCUAGAGCAGUCCUUUUGACAGGAACUCCUGCACUUAGUCGCCCUGAAGAGCUUUUCAUGCAGAUUAAUGCACUACAUCCAAGAAAAUUUGGAACUUGGACCGACUAUGCUAAAAAGUAUUGCAAUGCUCAUCUUAGAUAUUUUGGCAAAAGAGCUCAGUUGGAUUGUAAAGGAGCCUCCAAUUUAGAUGAACUUCACCAACGUCUGAGCAACAUAAUGAUCCGAAGAAUGAAGGCUGACGUUCUGCCCCAGCUGCCUCCAAAAAUCCGGCAACAAAUUCCCUUUGAUUUGUCAAAGAAUUCUGCAAAGGAAAUGAAUGAGAGCAUUGAAGAAUGGGAAAAGUUAAUGAGAAAUCUACAUUCAAGACAUGAAGAAACAGAUAACCCAUUUGUAAAAAUCAUGGUGCAUAUCAAUCGCAUGUAUCAACAAACCGGUAUUGCAAAGGCAGGGGCAGUGAAGGACUACAUUAAAAUGAUGCUGCAAAACGAGACACUGAAGUUCUUAGUUUUUGCUCAUCAUUUAACCAUGUUGCAGGCUUGCACAGAAGCUGUGAUAGAAGCCAAGGUACGAUACAUAAGAAUUGAUGGCAGUGUUCCAUCAUCAGAGAGGAUCCAUUUUGUCCAUCAGUUUCAGAAUGAUCCAAAGGUGCAAGUUGCAAUUCUCAGCAUCAAAGCUGCCGGACAGGGUUUAACAUUUACAGCUGCUACACAUGUUGUCUUUGCUGAGCUUUACUGGGAUCCAGGUCACUUACUGCAGGCAGAAGACCGAGCUCACCGUAUAGGACAGAAUAGUUCAGUUCACAUUCAUUAUCUCAUUGCCAAAGGGACACUGGACUCGCUCAUGUGGAGCAUGCUGAAUCGUAAGACUAAGGUUACCAGUAACACCUUGAAUGGAUUGAAGCAACGUUUGGUGGCAGAAGAAGGAGAUAAAGAAAAAUGGGAUUUUUUAAAUACCGCUUUGGCCUGGGUGCCAAAUGAAAAUUUACCUGAAUCUCAUGAUGAAGUGGUCUUCACCCAUUUUGAGAAAGAAAAACAACAUGAUAUCCGCUCAUUCUUUUCAUCAAAACCUGGCUCUGCAGAGAAACGCAAAAGAACAUCUCAAGAUGGGCAUCCCUGCCAGCUUCCUGAUGUAAUUGAGCCAGGAGAAUUUCCAAAUUCCCCAGAAUUAUUUCAGCAGCCGCAAAGAGAACUGGACAAAAUAAAUGCAAGAGAAGCUGGAGAAAAUGUGAAUGAAAAGAAGUGUAAGACAAGUAGCAGCGAGCUCUUCCUGACAGCUGACAUGGGGCCACAGACAAAACGAUUUAAAUCUUUAUGUAAAGAAUCCCAAAUCUGCGCAAGUACAAAAAAGAGACAGCCCAAAGUUGGGUCACUACCAGGGACAUUAAGUGUUCAAAGAACUCAACAGUUAUCGGAUGGAACACCAGUUACCGCAAGAAAAUUGCAUCAAAUUAAGAAAACAUGGAACUGUACCACUUGCACCUAUGCUAAUAGUGCCUUUUUGUCUUACUGUGAAAUUUGCGAAACUCUCAGAGAAUUUGGCAAUCAAAAAGAACAACAUGUAUCCUGUCAGACAAAUCCAAGUGAAAAUGAAUGUCAAGCUGGGACUCAACCCCAGACAGAAUGUACAGUCCAUUCUGACCUAGAAAAUACUGAAAAACGAGAAUCAAAUAAACCUGCUGAGCAGAUAAAUCGUGCAGUGAAGUACUGCAGUACAGUAAAAUCUGAAGAAACCCUUGCAUCUAUCAACAUUGACAGAAGCAGCGAUGCAUUUACCAUAAGUGAACCGAGUUCCAAUAAUGAGUAUCGGCAUUUACCAGAACAGCAUGACACCCCAAGUGACAUUCCAGAUUUUGAUGGCUUUAUGUAUUUUGCAAGCAAGAACACUGAUAGAAUCCAUCUCCACACAAAGGAGGCAGAGCCGUUAAACUGUAGUUUUAUUCCUCUGGAUGUAAUUUUAGAAAACUGGGAGGAUUUACCAACGUUUUUUGAACGUAAAAGAAAUCGUGCCGUGGUUCUGCGAUUUGUCCGAGAAUGGCAAAGUUUAUCUGCUAUGAAACAAAGAUUAAUUAGGAAGAGUGGCCACAUUUUUUCCAAUCCUGGUCUUGUACUGGAAACCAUCAUGAAAGACGAACGCAGACAAAGCUGCACAAAAAGAUUUAAAACAAAAGAAGAUGUCGCUCUUCAGUCUCUGGAUAAGGCACGCAGAGAAGGAGGAAGUUUAAGAGUUAUCGCAAGAGAAUCAAUAUUCCGGGUCAAAAAUCAAGUCAAAUCUUCCAGUCACGCAGUUGAGGAAAAUUUAAUCAAGGGUGGAAGUAUUGAGAAUAAAAGCUGCCAGAGUAUUUCUCUAUUGCCGUUAACAAAUGAUGAAUCUGACACAUCCGGAGAAAUUGCCUAUGUACAAGCUGUGAACAAAGACGGAAACCCACUUUGCCUUGGCUGUCAACAGCCCACAAUCCAGGUCAGCACACAACGUGAAUCUACAGCUUGGGAUACACGAUUUUGCUCACAAAAAUGUCAAGGAGAUUUUUUUAUUCAAACUAAUCGGCAUUACAUGAAAUCAAAAGUCUUUGAAGCUGAACGAGGAAUCUGUCAACAAUGUGGACUGAAUGCUCAGCAGCUGUACCUUACUAUCCGAGAUACCCCAAAGACCCUUCGGAAGGAGCUGCUUGAAAAUACCUGGCUAUCACAGCUUCCACUGGAUCAGUUGAAUGAAAUGAUUUUGAAUCCAACCGAGGGUCUGUUUUGGCAAGUAGAUCACAUUACACCUGUAUAUGCCGGAGGAGGACAGUGCUCCCUUGAAAACUUACAGACCCUCUGUACUGUAUGUCAUAAAGAGCGAACUGCAAAACAAGCUAAAGAAAGAAGCAAGGCAAAGAGGCUUACCAAAACAUUAAAACAAGCAUCUGACAUCAGAACUUUUUUUACAAGUAAAUAAGUAUAAAUGUACAUCAAAAGCAACAGGAAAUUUAAUGCAGUUGAAACAUUACAUUAUCUGAAAUGCAUGCAAUAAAGAUGUGUUAAUAAAUUAUUUGAGCAUAAAAAGUGUGCUUGCCACGACAAUUUAUAGCUAUCUAAUAUACAAUAAAAACAUAUACCUG